UGUUAAAUGUUAUCCUUUCACAUUUUACUUUUAUUUUUUUGAUAUUACUGAACCGGAUAUCAAAACUACAGGAUUUAUGGUGACCAUGAUAGUUUUUCUGAAAUACAGCAUAAUUUAGUGGAACACCAGAGCGACUCUCAUCACCAUGGUAACACGCGUUGCCGAACAACCAGCUGCGCAGUUUCACUGACCUAUAAAACAUGUUGAUGCCCUCCACCAACCAUCAGUCUUCCUGAUCUGACAACCAGUGUGUACACGUACAACAAUUUUGUUUAAUUAAAGCAGCAACCGAGGAGGCACCGCUUCAGUCAACACUUUGCUAACGACAGUAUUUCUUCCUGGGAGAUCUCGUCGCGUUAUUGUUCCAUCCACCUAACGGAAGAUCUGCGGUGUCGGCGCAGGGCAGAGUAAACUGCCCACUGCUGUUUUUGUUGAAUUUCCUGCAGCUGGACACGUUACCAAUAUCAUGGUCCCUUCGGUUGAAGAAAUUUCUUCGUCUUUAGUGCGGGAAUAUCUGAGCAGGAAGGGCCUGAAAAGGACCAUUGCUUGUAUGGAUGAGGAACAUCCACGCACGCCUGCCAGUAUCAAUAACCGAUCACUGCUGAAGCAGAUGCUUAACAUUGAAGAUCUCUACAGACAAAAUAAGACUCAGAAAUCGCCUGUGAAAACAUUGUUGGAAAUCAUCGUGAAGCAUCACAUUGAACGGUUACACCAUGAAAAUAUCACCACAGGAGACUCUCAACAGGUGGUCCCAAAUACAGGCUCAACAUCUGAUUACUGUGCAGGAUCGCCAUCAAUGAUAAAUGAAACAAAAGCAGAUGAAAUUACACCAGCGAUUUGUUCUAGCAAACACAGUGAACUGAGUUCUGAAGUGAAAGAAAUAUGCAGCAUUCCGGUGACAGACUUAACAAUGAUUUCAAAGAAAGAUGGACCCACUUCCUUGAAUCCAAAUGAUUUCUUAAUUGACAACACAGAUUACCAAGAAAGCCAGCAACCAAUGCCUUCGAAAAAGGAGAACUACACCCAAAAAGAGAAAGAAAGUAAAUGUUUGAUUGCUGGGGUCACCUCAAAAACCAAAACUAGCCGCAUCAGGCGAGGUAUGGUGGCCGGACCAGUAGCUCAGGAAUCUAACAGAAAAAGGCAUAGUCAAAGGGUCGAAGUUUCUCAACCAUUGUUCAUCAGGGAUCAGGAAAGCAGGGAGACUCAGGAUGGACUUGAGAUGACUGCCAAAAACACAUCCAGCUGCGAAGAACAAAAUCUAGAGUCUAUUGAUUUAAAAGAAGAAAACCAGGAAGAAAAGGACUUCAGAAGUAAAGGACAAAGAACAGUAAACACAAUAAAAGUACAGAUGAAACCAGAUGCCCAUGAGCUGAACCUGGCUGAGAUGGUUUUAGAUGACAUUGAUGACUCUGGUGGUCUGCCUGAAGUGUCUCUUCGUAGCGCUGUUUCAAAGUUUAAAUUUCCAGGCCGUCCAAUGGACCAUCGCAACACCAUGGAAUUGAAAACAAUUCUUCUGGGUUCCAGCUUAAGUUGUUUUAGCACUGAGUGGAAGAAUCAGGGUUUUACCUUUUCUGACACACAUGACCUCGGAUACGGGAUUGUGCAGAGAAAGGGUGGUCCUUGUGGAGUCCUGGCAUCAAUUCAAGCAUUUUUUCUGAAGAAGCUUCUGUUUGAAAACACUGAUGGCGGAGAUGUUAUCCUUCAACGACUAAGACCUUCCAGCAGCACCAGAAGACACUGUCUUGUUUUGGCUCUGGCUGAAGUUUUGUGGAGAGCCGGGGAGGAAAAACAAGCUGUAGUUGCAAUAAAUUCAGGAAGAAGCCAUUUCACCACAUUUGGACACUACAGAUCUGAGGAAUUGUUUGAAAAGAUGACGUGUUUCUCUGUGGAUAACAUCAAAGAUCUGCAGGUCAUUCUAGAGCAGCAUAUUGAGCAGUAUGAAAUGGGGAUGUUCGGAUGCGUCCUGCUGGUCAUCUCAGCUGUUCUUUCUCGAUCCAUUGAAAAAGUGAGAGAGGAUAUGGAUCUGCAUACAACCCCACUGAUAGGAGCUCAUGGCUACUGCACUCAGGAGUUGGUGAAUCUGUUGCUCUGUGGCAGAGCUGUUUCUAACGUCUUUGACAAUGAUAUAGAGCUGGACUCAGGAAAUGGCAACAUGACUUUGCUUAAGGGAAUUAAGGACCAAUGCCAAGUCGGCCUGCUGUCCUUGUUUGAACAUUAUAAUAUCUGUAAGGUGGGGGCUUACCUGAAGUCUCCUUCUUACCCCAUCUGGGUGGUGUGCAGUGAAAGUCACUUCAGUGUGCUGUUUGGCCUGCAGAGGGAGCUAUUGACAAAUCAAGAUGAAGACCUGGAGUUUGAUCUGUAUUAUUAUGAUGGAUUGGCCAAUCAGCAGGAGGAAAUCCGCCUCACUGUUUCUCUCGGCAAAUUGGCACAGAAACACCACCAAGUUGAUGCUGAUCUAAUUCCUCCACUUGAGCUCUGCAUCAGGACACGGUGGAAAGAUGCAUCAGUCAACUGGAAUGAGACCGAACCAAUUCUCUGAGUAAUCAUGCUGUUUAAAAUGUUCAAAUAAUGGCUGUGUUCAAAUGUAACCAUUUUGAUGUUAUUUUGACUGUAAAAUUAUCUUUUUCUUCCCUACAAAACAUGCUAAAGAGAAGAAUAUAAUGAACGAAAAACAAGUCACAGCAUAAAUUCAGUGUCUGGGUUAAAAGUUUAAAUUCUAAUUUAAAAAUGUGAAUGUAAAACUUAAAUCAAUACAAUUACAAAACAUGGUUAAAAUAGUCAAUAUUAAAAAACAAUUUCCUGCAUUGUACUUGUUGCCCUAACCAUUUUUUCCUUAAGAAAAGCUAUAUUUCAUUUUAAUCACAUUUAUUAUUAAAUGAGAUCGUUUUUAUUUACAAGGAGUCUUGAAUAUUUCAUGAAAAAACAAACUGUAAAUGUAAACUUUCUGUGGCCUUUUACUAUUUAGCAAUACUUUUAAAAUGCUUUGCACCACAAUUUUAUGUAUAUAAACUUUAUUUUUGGUGGAUAAUAAA